AUGAAGAACACGAAGAACCUCGCUGCACGCUCCGAGGAUGGAGGCCGGUCCAACAACACGACCGUUGCGCUUUUGACCACGUUGGCGAUUCUUGUCGUCCUGGCCCUAGUCCUCAUGGCCGCACUCGUCUAUCUCCGCAACAUCCGUCGCGCAAGGAAACAAGCCGAACAAGACGCACAAUUGCCCCUUUACGAAAAACGACAGUCAGGCCGCCGACUUACCAUUACUGCUAUGCCCUACGGCAAGGGUCGCGAGUCCGUCAUUGUUUACUCGGAGAAACAAGACCUUUUGAGCAGCGCUGCAAGCUCACCUACCAGCCCGGUACCCGAGAUCCGCAUCACAUUCCCUGAUGAGGUCGACGAGUCCGGCAAGCCCCAAUCCGGUCGCGUUGUCGUUGUCCGCGUUGGUGAGCACAGCGUUGGGUUAGAGCCUGUCAACGACGACCUGCCCCCUUACCAGCGCGGCGCAUCCGACCGCUUCGACUCGCUAGACCUCGACCGCAUUGGAGGCCUGAAAGAGAAGGCCGACAAGUACUACGCCUAA